AUGGCCAGAACCAUUAAAGUUAUUAAAAGAAGAACAAACAAAUUCGGUAAAAAGACUGAUCCAAUUGUUAUUCAAAGAGCUGUUUGGACAGCGGGUCAUGCUAUAGUUUUAAUAUGUGGUCUUUUGUUCAGUUUGACAUAUUUCUUCCAUGUUUUAUUCUUUUUCAAAUAUAGAUCUUGGAAAUGGUUAUUUUUAAGAGUCAAUCAUAAUUAUUCCAUCAUUAAAGGUCAAAGGUGGUAUCAUUCGUUAUUAAGAUUUGUUCCAGAAUUGUUAUAUCGAACUUCCUUAAUUGGUGUAUUCAUGGCUUCUGGCGUUACCAUGACACAGAAUUGGUCUGGUUUAAAACCAACCUGGUAUGAUCUUUUGUCUGCACCAAAUUUCCAAACCACGUUAAUUGCUGCAUUGUGGUUUAUAGCUGGAGGUAAAUCAUUUUACAAAUUAUUACCAUUUAUGAUCAUUAGUUUUAUGCAUUUAAGUAACCGUAAAAAAGAAUUUGAAGAAGGAAAUAAAGAGACUUUUAAUGAAUUAACCUUGAAGAAUAAAUCUUUAUUACAAGUGUUAGCGUAUUCCGAAGUGUUUAUCUUGUUUACGUUAUUAUUAGAUACUUUGUUAUUAAAGACAGGAACUUCAGGUUUUCUUUUCGUUUUUUACACUUGUUUGUUUUGGUUAAGAUUGAAUUUUGAAUCAUACACUCAAGUUACUGUUUUGAGAUUGCUGGCGAUAUUGGAUAAAAAGGUGCCACCAAAAUAUACUGCUUAUUGGGAAACUAUCAGAAGAUUUAUUUAUUCGAAAGUCAGAGAACUUGAAGUAAUAAAUAGUGAAAAGCCUAAAAGUUCUUGA